AUGCAGUCCGUAGCACUCAAAAAGGAGAAUAAGAGAGGAAUGAGUAGUGAUAGUAGUAUUAGACAUCAUGGUGCAAAAGUAGCACCCAAUCGACCGAAUUUGUCCAUAAAUACCAAUCUGACCUCUUCCAAAAAAUCCUGGAACCAUUUCUUUCCUUCUUGUUCACGAGCUACUAAGCUUGCUUCUACAAUCACUACAGAUACUACUAAUACUAAUACUAAUACUACUACUACUACUACUUCCGAUACAACUGUCAUCAAUGCUAGAACAACUUCGUUAGCAGCAUCAGUUUCUACAUCAACCUCAACAAAAUCUUCGCCAUCUGAAAAUCCGAAAAAUAUAUCGAAGCGCAAUAAUAGUUUACCCAUUCUCACCGAACAAAAACAACCGCCACUCUCAACUUUAACCCACGGUUAUUCAUCAAGUGAAUUAAAAAAACCUACAACUUAUUCAUCCCAUAAUGAUAUAUCCUCUACUCAAAGUCUUACUACUCAUUACUCUAAUGAAUCUCUGACUUCACUUUCCGCUGGUGCACCCUCAUCUAGUUCCCAGUAUACUCGUCAAUUAAGCAAUUACAAUGCCAGUCCAGCAACUGCUCCCAUCUUGACGACAGAUUCAAAUAGCAGCUUACAUACUCCCAAUACGGCUUCUUCUCAUAGUAUAUCGUCCGCUAUCAUGAAGAAGUUCCAUUUCCCAUUUUUCUUUCAUAAACGUCAAAACUCAUUUGCUUCGAAUGAUCAGAGGGAAGCAGUUCUCAAACAUCUCUAUACUCCACCUGCUCCAGAACCAGUCCUUCCCUCUUUAUGUGAAUACUUGUCAUCAGCGGAUUCACCUGAAUCUCCUCCACCUUGGGAACUAACAGACAUCGAACGUCUGAAUAAGAAGAAGCAUCAUUCUUUUGGCCAUCAAUUUGAAUCUGUUUUAGAAUUUAAUGAUGAUGACGCAGAAGAAGAAGAAGAAUCCAAAAAAUUACGACACUCCCAUUACGUUAGAAAUAGCUAUUAUUCCGAUUCAGAUUUCGGCAAAAUGCACGAUCUGAGUAGCAGUAGUAGCAGUAGUUCCGUCACCACAAAAGCAUCAGCCACACCUAGCUGUAGCGCCACUCAACUCAACCGCACAUCAAGUAUCACGUUACACGGAUCUGCCAACGCAUCCACCGACAACCACCUACGUCGUCGAUCCAGUUGUCCCACCUCCGACGUCAUGUCCAUGACGAGUAGUGCAUCCUCCACGAGUUCUUCAGUGAGGACACUCGUUGACAAUGAUAUCGUGUCCAUCACCGAGAAACAUACGCGAGACGCAUAUUUCUUCAAGAAAUCACACACAUUUACACCUACUUCUACUACUACCUCAUCGUCAUCACCAUCAUCCACAGCAACAGCAGCAGGUUAUUCUGCUACACCCAUGGCAAAAUCUUCCAGCAGUAACAGCAGUUGUUGUAAAAAGCUAGCCAAUAAGCUCUCUCGCGACAAUAGUAGCAGCAGCAAUGAUACACCCACUUCAGACGCCCAUCAUCAUCAUCAUCACCAUCAUCAUCAUCAUCAUCAUCAUCUACAUCACUCGUCUUCCUCUAUAUCUCUAAGUGAUUCGGAUCAAUUGAAAUACAUGUAUAUACCAGCCGUGUUUGACCCAGUUACGCGAUGUCCCGUAUUACGAUUUGAUAUCAUCAAACCGAGAAAAUAUCAAUUGCAUCGAAAAGUCAGUUGGAAGAAAGAAGCAAAAGCGUUGAUGACAUGGCAUCAUUGUUUGGAAGAAAAGUUGCAUAGUGCACAAUCAGCGCCUUGUUUACCGAACCAUUUGUCGCCUGAAAAAUUGGAAAAAAGCUUAUUGACAAGACGCUUUAUUCUACGAGAGUUCUUCACUACAGAAGUCAAUUUUUGGAAUCAACUCUAUUAUACCAAAAUUGUAUUUUAUGAUGCUCUUGUCUUUACUUUACAAAAAGAAUACACAUUAAUGAGAGAAGAAGAUUUGGAUAUCUUUUCCAACUUAUUUGAUCUUAUGCAAUCCUCAGCCAAAUUAAUCGAUCAUUUACGUCAUUUUCAAAGUCGUUACCAUCGACGUUACCAUUGUCAACAACUGCAUAUGAGCAGCCCUACCAGUUUGAAUGCAGAGGAAGAUGUUUCAAAAGAACAAGCUACUCAGCAUUCAACGCUUGCAGAUGCUGCUGGUGGUAAAACGAAUUACAUGGAUGAAAACAACGUGUAUCUUGGUAGUUCAUUUUUGGAAAUGGCUGAAGAUUUAGUCAUCUUUUUACGUUGUGCCAUUGAUUAUAAAGCCAAUCGCAAACUUCUUGAACGAGCACUUAAUAAUGAGUUAGUCGCCAAGUACCGACAAUCCCUCAUGUUGCGUAAAGAAACACGGCAAUUUGCCAUGGACGAUUACUUGAUUAUUCCUAUUCAACGUGUCGCCCGUUAUGGUUUAUUAUUCGCAGACCUUUUGAAGCAUACACAAAAGUCGCAUCCCGAUUAUGAUAAUCUGGUGAAAUGUCUGCAUAUUGUGACAAGUCUGGCUUAUGCCAUGGAUUCUGUUCAAAAGAAGAAAAAGAAGACUUAG